GUGAAUAAUGAAUCCCUGAGCAUACUGUCGUCGACCUGCCGACCAGCUGUAUGGCGUUUCAGAACAACAUCGCCGUACCUUUAUUUAUCUAUAUAAUCACAGCAUUUUACAACUUGAGAACUUCUUUAUUACAUCAGAGACCUUCCAAACCAAGUACCUGAAAUAUACCCCUUUCAAAAAGACUUCCACGGACAAAGUAUUUCAACCACACAACCAAAUUCACAGGCUUUUUGCAUUUUUUGAUACUUCAAACAUCUUGUCCAUCAAGACAUCCAGAAAUUAGAUUCUUUUUCAAUCCAAGACCAUAAUCUAAUUUAUUUAGAUCAACAUGUCUCCACCAAAAAAUCAAGAACUUCCACCAACCAAAGCCCCUCGUCCCCCAUUCGGUGAGCCAGGGCACCAAGGAAAAUCCGCUCUCCUUCGCGAGAACUUUCUCUGCAAUCUCGCAGACGCGAUCGUUCCUGCUGGUCUUUUCGGUGACCACAAGAGACAUCGCCGAGACAGCGCAUAUCGUGCGGGGGACUUCAAGAAGGCGGACGUGGAGGCCCACGAUGAGGAGGAUGACUGGGUUAACUUGACGGAUAAGACUGUCAAAUCAGGUCCUCUCCAGAUCACUCCUCGUGAUGUGGGGUCUGAAGAGCGCCGACAUAGUCCUAGUAUGAGCAAGUCCUCGUCAUUGAGUCCGGGAUUUAGCCAGGCUAAGCUCAGUGCCGGAUCGAUCCAGGAUGCAUUUGUUGCCUGGGCUAUCACUGGCGAUACCGAUUUGACUCCUGCCAUCAUUGGCCAGCCGGACAAAUCCAAGUUCGUCCUUCGUCGCUAUGACAUUCGCGACCCCACAAAGAUCGAGAAGAAAGUCAUUGAUUUGCACAUAGAUGAAUUUGACUGGAAAAACAAGGAGCAUGUUGACAGACUGAAUAAGGCUCGUCGACACUGGGAGAUCAACACUCUGGAGUCUAAUCCACAGACCAGUGGGAAGUCUCGCGUUACCAUCGAUGGCAGACGCUCUCCAAUCGACACCUCGGUUGGAAGCUGGUCACCAGGUGAUGAGGAGGAUGAUAGCAACUUGAUUGAAUUCUAGAAACCCUAGAUAUUCUAAUGGCGCUACGAGUAAGAGAUUCCCAUCACUGAACGUUUUUAAGCUGUGAUGGGAUGUCAUGGGAUGUUAUGCAUGAGAUAGUCAGUGUUUUUCCAAUGAUUUAAUCACGGGACUAUGGGGCAGCAGGACUUGUUUAACUGUUUUCAUACCCCGGGACUUCACGGCGUUUGGCCUAUUUGUAGAUCUUAUUUUA